AUGACGCUGCAGGCUAUUCGAUACACUAAUGGUGAUCUCACCAUAAUUGAUCAACUAAAACUUCCGUUUGUCGAAGAAUAUAUACCCAUACGAACAGCUGAGGAAGGCUGGCAUGCAAUAAAAGAAAUGCGAGUGAGGGGCGCACCUGCCAUCGCCAUUGUGGCUGCACUUGCACUUGCAUCUGAAGUUCACCAGCUUGUCAACAACAAGAAGCUGUCGGCUGCUGCGGAAGAGGUUCGAAUCUUCAUUGUGGAGAAAUUACAUUAUCUCGUCACUAGCAGGCCAACUGCUGUCAAUCUAAGCGAUGCCGCCCACAAGCUCGAGGUAUUGGUAACUGAACGUGCGAGUACAGCAGGAUCAGCAGGCCAUGAUGUCGCCACUGCUUUUAUCCGCGCAGCUGAACAUAUGAUGGUAAAAGAUGUGGAAGACAACAAAAAGAUUGGGCAAAACGGGGCUCAGUGGAUUCUUGCAAAUGCUCUCAAGUCGGGCCUGUCUAAAGCUUCUAUUCUCACACAUUGCAAUACAGGUUCCCUUGCGACUUCUGGCUAUGGAACAGCACUAGGUGUUAUUCGCUCUCUUGCCUCAAACAAUGGGCUGCGCCAUGCAUAUUGUACAGAGACUCGACCAUAUAAUCAGGGUUCCCGUUUAACAGCUUUUGAAUUGGUUCAUGAUGGUCUCCCCGCUACGUUGAUUACCGAUUCGAUGGCAGCUGCUCUACUCGCGCGAACAGAUGCCGACAUGAAUGCGAUUGUAGUGGGAGCAGAUAGGGUGGCAGCCAACGGGGACACUGCAAAUAAGAUAGGAACAUAUGGCCUAGCAGUCCUGGCAAGAUAUCACGGUGUCAAAUUCCUUGUCGCUGCACCGCUCACUACAAUUGACCUGGCUACUAAAUCAGGCAAUGAAAUCACCAUUGAAGAGCGUCCGGCUUCUGAGGUAACAAGGAUAAAAGGACCCAGCCAGAAAGAUGAUACUGCUGGAGUCCUGUCUUUGGAAACCAUAAACAUCGCAGCAAAAGGGAUCAACGUUUGGAACCCAGCAUUCGACAUCGCGCCUGCAACACUCAUUGAUGGUAUAAUCACAGAGGUCGGUGUUGCAGAAAAGGAUUCUAAAGGACAUUUUCACUUGGACCGUUUAUUCUCCUAA